UGCUGCCAAUUUUAACUUAUUGCUUAGUUUGGCUGCUGAUAUGAUAAAAUACACAAAAGAAUAUUAGAAAUUCCUUCUCAAACUCCAUAAGCAAACAAGAAUUCAGCGUCUUCCAUGGUGAUUACGGGAGAACCCGGGUAUUAUCUCAGAUAUGGUGGUUGAUAGGAAGUUAGAAGCCGCCUGCAUGGAUGGAGUUUGGACAUCCACGAACUUUGGCUCCUGGUAGAGAAACAGAGGAAAGCAGAAAUCAUGUUAGGAUCAUGUGAAUGUCAUUGAACCCUUCAAAAAUCCCAUGCCUUGCCAACUUGUCAUGCAUGUUCAAACCGUUGCGGAGCACGCCGCUAAUUGCCAAAAUUGGGACAUAAAUGGAAUUUGCAAACUUUAUAACGUCAUCUGGAAGUGAGUUGAGUUGACAGCUACGGGGACAUACAUUUCAUUACUUUGAACUCCUCCCGAAGCUGAGGAGCUACAAACAGCAAUGUAUCAGCAGAAUCUAUAAUCAUAGACGUCUUUGCAGUUUAGCUUAGGAUCCCCUUCCCAAACUUCAGCCCCUGAAGAUGCCCAAAAUUACAUCCGUAAACCCUAACCUGUAACCACCACCAAAAACUCUUGCCCCCCUCGUUCCUCGAGCCAACAGCGCGGGAUUCGACGAUGAACACUACCACAACCACAAAGACGUCGUCUAGACUCAGAUCCUCUGCCGCAAUGCCUCACCGUAACAAUCCUACCCCUCUCCCUUUGGUCGUCUCCCUCAACUGCAUCGAAGAUUGCGUCCUCGAACAAGAAUCCUUAGCCGGCGUCGCACUGGUCGAGCACGUUCCUCUCAGCCGCUUAGGCGACGGGAAGAUCGAGGCGGCCGCAGCCGUCCUCCUCCACUCCCUCGCCUACCUCCCCCGAGCUGCCCAGCGUCGACUCUGUCCUUACCAGCUCAUCCUCUGCCUGGGGUCCUCCGACCGCGCUGUCGACUCCGCCUUAGCCGCUGAUCUCGGACUCCGUCUUGUCCAUGUCGAUGCCUCGCGAGCUGAGGAGAUCGCCGACACUGUUAUGGCGCUGUUUCUUGGCUUGCUCCGUCGCACGCACUUGCUCUCUCGCCACGCUCUUUCGGCUUCCGGCUGGCUCGGCUCGGUUCAGCCACUUUGUCGGGGAAUGAGGCGGUGUCGAGGACUAGUGUUGGGAAUUGUUGGUAGAUCUGCGUCGGCUCGGUCUUUGGCAUCCAGAAGCUUAGCUUUCAAAAUGAGUGUGCUUUAUUUUGAUGUUGUAGAGGAAAAUGGAAAAGCAAGUAGGUCCUCUAUAACUUUCCCAUCAGCUGCCCGUAGAAUGGAUACUCUUAAUGAUUUACUAGCUGCAAGUGACCUUAUAUCGCUUCAUUGCACUUUAACAAACGAAACUGUUCAGAUUAUAAAUGCUGAAUGUUUGCAGCAUGUAAAACCUGGGGCUUUUCUUGUGAAUACGGGUAGCAGUCAGCUGUUGGAUGAUUGUGCAUUGAAGCAGCUUCUCAUUGAUGGUACCUUAGCUGGUUGUGCCUUGGAUGGAGCUGAAGGGCCACAGUGGAUGGAAGCAUGGGUGAAGGAGAUGCCCAAUGUAUUGAUACUUCCACGUAGUGCAGAUUAUAGUGAAGAAGUGUGGAUGGAGAUAAGGGAGAAGGCUAUCUCUAUGUUGCAGACAUUCUUCUUUGAAGGGGUUAUUCCAAAGGAUGCCAUUUCUGAUGGGGACGAGGAAGAAAGUGAAAUAGUUGAUGAAAAAGGACAGUUUAGUAGACAAGACAAAGAAAGUGCUUUGCAGGGAUCUACUAGUGAACAAUUGACUGAUGAUAUUCAACUAAGUCCUGAAAGCUCCCUUAAGAAGGAUGUCAAUCAAUCUAAGGAGUAUCCUAAUCAGAAUCAGGGUUCAGGUUUGUCUCAUAACACUGCCACUAAAUCAGACACAAGACGUGGCAGAUCGGGUAAAAAGGCCAAAAAGAGGCAUGCUCGUCAAAAAACCCUACAAAAACCAGACGAACCCUUAAUAUUAGAGAAAGAAAGUACUUCGCAAAGAGAAGAUGACACUGCCAUGAGUGGCACGGAUCAAGCAUUAAGUUCUGGUUCUCGGUCUCCUGAAGACUCAAGAAGUAGGAAAACGCCUAUGGAAUUAAUGCAAGGGUCAACUUCCGACCAGCUUCUUAAAGCUAGCAAGAAACUCAGUGGACUAUCCGCUGAUACGCUGAAGGAUGGAUAUGUUAUAGCUUUGUAUGCAAGAGAUCGCACUGCACUCCAUGUGUCCAGGCAAAGAGUUAAAGGCGGUGGUUGGUUCCUAGACACCAUGUCAAAUGUAACCAAAAGAGAUCCUGCAGCACAGUUCCUUGUUGUCUAUAGAAGCAAGGACACUAUUGGUCUGCGUUCCUUUGCUGCUGGUGGGAAGUUGUUGCAGAUUAAUAGAAGAAUGGAAUUUGUAUUUGCCAGUCACAGCUUUGAUGUUUGGGAGAGUUGGACAUUGCAAGGUCCUUUGGAGGAAUGUAGACUGGUCAACUGUAGAAAUCCUUCAGCCAUUUUAGAUGUAUGUGUCGAGAUUCUGGCAGCAGUAGGGGAGGAUGAUGGCGUUACUCGCUGGCUGGAUUAGUUUGUGAACAGAUUUAGGGGGCUAACUUUUUCUUGCCUAUUUUUUUUAACUCUUUCUGAGUUUGUAUUUGCCAAAACAUUCUGUAAAGCAUUCUUUUACUCCUGUUUUCAUUUUUUUUUUUUGGUUUUUGGAAGCAUCAUCAGGAUUGUACGCCUUUUCUCUUGUGGCUUGUUGAGCCUAAUGAUGUAAUGAAUAUACUUUACGCGAGA